AUGUCCACCAAAACAAUCCUCCUCGGCACUGUCGCCUUCCUCACUCUCGCAACUGUCUACCUCACCCACUCUUCCUACCCCUACCCCUCCCAAACCAUGCAAUCCAUUCCCACCGUCACCCCCACAGUAUCCCUCUCCACCAUAUCCUCCCACCCUCCACAGCUCCGCAUCACGCUACACAACCCGUCCCCCAACCCUCUCACCUUCAUCCGAUACAACUCCCCUCUCGACCCCGAUAUCCUCACUCUCGGCCUCGUGCGUAUCACGUCACUCGACGGGGAAGACGUGUCGAUCGUGGCCGUCCACCUCAACCGCAUGUGGCCACCGGACGAGGCGGAUAUCGUGGAGCUGGGGCCGGGGAAUGAAGAACGUCAGGUGGUGGGGCUGGCAGAGCCCGGGGUCGAGUUGGAGGCGGGGAGGAAGUAUCUGGUUUGGGUGGAGGGGAGCUGGAUGGGAUUGUGGGGGAAGGGGAAGGCGGAGGUGGCGGAGGAAGAGGUUGAGAGCGCGGGGGUCGUGGGUGGGAAGACAAGAUGGAGGAGUGAAGAGGUGGUGCUGAGGAUCUAG